CUUUAGUAGGGAGAUCCAGAUCAACCCCUUCCAGCCUCUUGGAGACAGGAGGAGAGUGAGGAAGGAAGAAAACUCAGCUGGAGGAAAGAGGGUCGUUUUCAGCAAUGGGAGAGCUGCUGAGCUAUACUGGAAGAAAUGACAGAAGUGUGCUGCUCCCUCCAAUGCAAUGCUGCUAGAACUCUGCUCUCUGUGAAAUAGAAGAGAGGAGGGAAAGGAAGGGAGGAGGCAGCUGAGCCCAGCAAGACAGAGAGAGGGAAUGUGAAGCCUGAAGAAGCUGCUGGCCACUUUGCUCAGAAAGGAUGCAGCUCUCCAGGGCACUUGGGGUCCUGGUGGUUCUCCUGGAUUUGUUACCCUGCUUUGGAUGUCUGGAGACUCUCCUGGGAUCCCAGCCCAGCCAAAACCAUUUGCAGAGUGCAGCUUCCUUUCUAUAUCCAGUGUCCAGUGUGUGUGGCCUCGAUCCUCUUGUGUAUUACAAUGGCUCGCUGGCUGUUACGGAGACUGGGUCAGAAUGCCUGAAAUGGGCAGAGUUCCCCGAUUAUGUCCAGCAGUAUCCAGACCGGGGCUUAGGGGACCACAACUACUGUAGGAAUCCAGAUGGGGGGACUACACCCUGGUGCUUCUACCGGCUUCCCUCUGGAGGAAUCGACUGGGCCAACUGUGACUGUAAUCAGGGUGCUGUGCGGCUGGCAGAAGGUGGAAGGGUGGAGUUCUACUUUAGUGGGCUGUGGGGCACCAUCUGCGCUGAUCAUUGGACAGACUGGGAUGCCAGUGUGAUCUGCCGGCAGCUGGGACUCAGUGAGAUUGGCACUGCUGGGAAGAAGAGCCACCCUGGCUUGUGGCCACUUCCCCUCCAUCUGCAGUCAGCAAACUGCCGUGGCAAUGAGCAGGCCCUGCUCCAGUGUGGCUACCAGGAGGCUGUGUCAGGAGCCUGUCACCAGGGCAGUGCAGUGGCAGUAUGUGUCCCUCCAGAAGGUGUAGGGACCCCGCUGCGUCUGGUUGGGGGGAAGGCAAGCUUUGAGGGACGAGUGGAGGUCUACCAUGAUGGUGAGUGGGGCACCAUCUGUGACGACCAAUGGGACAACAGGGAUGCUGAAGUGAUUUGCAGGCAGUUAGGACUCAGUGGGACUCCAAAAGCCUUGUCAUGGGCUCACUAUGGGCAGGGGUCUGGUCCAAUCCUGCUGGAUGAAGUGGAGUGCUCAGGGAAUGAGUUCUCACUGGACCAGUGCAAGAAGAAUGACUGGGGACAGCAAAAUUGUGACCACAUUGAGGAUGCGGGGGUGUCCUGUGAUCCCUUCACAGAAGGCACUGUCAGGCUGACAGGAGGCAACACCCCCAGUGAAGGAAGGGUAGAGGUUUAUUACAAUGGAGACUGGGGCACCGUGUGUGAUGAUGGCUGGACAGACCUCAAUGCCCAGGUGGUUUGCAGGCAGCUUGGCUUCAGUGGCCCUGCUUGCCUGGCUGGUGAGGGGGAGUAUACAGCUGGCCUAGGCUUUAUUCUCCUGGAUGAUGUGGGCUGUAAAGGCACAGAGCUGUCCCUCCUGGACUGUCCUCACAGCAACUGGGGGCAACACGACUGCUCACAUGCUGAGGAUGUAGGCAUCCGCUGCUCUCCUGAGAACAACAAGAUCUUGGAUGGGACCUUGGGGCCCCCUGUGCGGCUGGUGGAUGGAGAGAGCACAAAGGAAGGGCGGGUAGAGGUGUUCCUGAAUGGCCAGUGGGGCAGUGUCUGCGAUGAUGGCUGGACAGACAGGGAUGCCAUGGUGGUUUGUAGGCAGCUGGGAUACAGUGGCACGGCAAAAGCCAGGACAAUGGCAUAUUUUGGGGAAGGGCAUGGACCCAUCCACUUGGACAAUGUGGAGUGCAGUGGCUCAGAGCGUGCUUUGGGGGAGUGCACCAAGUCUGACAGUGGGAUUCACAACUGCUGGCACAGUGAGGAUGCUGGUGUGAUCUGCAGCUAUAGGGAAGAGAAGGCCCAGGACAUCAGUAAUGAAGAUUCAGUGUCCAGCAUGUGUGGGAUGCGCUUGCUUCACCAUCGCAAAAAAAGGAUCAUAGGCGGAAACAAGUCCCUCAGGGGAGGUUGGCCAUGGCAAGCAUCGCUGCGGCUGAAGGGGUUUCACAGAGAUGCACGUCUGCUGUGUGGAGCGACCCUAAUCAGCAGCUGCUGGGUGGUGACUGCAGCACAUUGCUUCAAAAGGUUUGGCAUUGAUGUGCGCCGUUACUUGCUGCGAGUGGGUGAUUACCACACUGGUGUGAAGGAUGAGUUUGAGAGAGAGCUGCCUGUGGAGAGGAUCGUCCUUCACAGGACCUACCAGUCCAGCAGCAAUGAUAAUGACAUUGCCCUGGUCAGGAUGCGGGGCAGGGAUGGCCACUGUGUAUCCUUCAAUCGCCACGUUGUGCCUAUUUGCCUCCCUGACAGGAAGGAGAAGUCUGCCAUUAACCGCCAGGUCUGCAUCAUCUCGGGAUGGGGAGACACAGGGAAGUCCUAUUCCAGAACAUUACUGCAGGGUGUGGUGCCCCUUCUCCCAAGAGAAGAUUGCGAGACCCGCUAUGGAAGCAAGUUCACUAACCGGAUGAUUUGUGCUGGAAACCUCUCUGAAGAUAAGCGUGUGGACAGCUGCCAGGGUGACAGUGGUGGACCACUCAUGUGUCAAAGGUCAAAUGGACGCUGGGUCAUUCUGGGGAUCACGUCCUGGGGUUAUGGGUGUGGCCGAAAGGACUCUCCCGGUGUUUACACAAAAGUUAGCAAAUUUGUACCCUGGAUCAAGAAAGUGACCAAGUUGAAAUGAACACCUGUGAGCCUUGUGACCUUCAGCGUUGGAUUCUUUUUGCCACUUCAGAAUUAAAAUAUUGGCCAGUACAUGAGAAACAGCUGCCUUCUACCUCCAGAGGGGGCUGCUGCUUCUCUGUAUCUGAUAGGGAUCUGUUUUGUCUUAGUGGUUUAAUUUUUGUCUCAGUGUUCAGAGGAAGCAAUUAUGUUUGACUAUUGAAAGACCUUGUUUUACCUUCAGUCCCAAAAUCUCUGAACCAGGAAAGCAGAUAUGAAUGACAAGAUGGAUGCUUCUGUUCCUCCAGCUAUCUGAAUCCUGUUGAAUAGUAUUGCUUAGUUCCUCUACUCCAGAACACAGAGGUGAUGGGAGUGGGGAACAGGCUUCUGUCAGGAAAUCUCUCCCCCACUUCUUGCAUGUUCAUCCACUUGGCCAACACUGCCAGAAGAGGUGGAACACCUGGUGAGUGGGGACCGCAAGGUGCUGCUGUGGAGGAGAUCUUCAGAGGAGGCUGCUCUCAGCCGCUUCUCUGCAUCACCCCUCAGACAGCAGGACUGUGGAGGGGAACAGGGAGAGGAGGCUGUGACUGUCUUGCUUCUGCUCUCCCCAAGUCAACAGGGUGUAGUUUCUCCUUUUCCAUGGCUGAAGGAGGCAUUUGCUCUCUCCUGAGUCUUAAUUUCACUCUCCUGCAGUCCCUGUGAACAUCUCUAUCCUUCCUAGAUGUUCAUCCUUCCACAAUCACCCCAAUCACUCCUCAUUCUCAGUGCUGGAACUUCUCUGGUUUUAUUGCUAGGCUUGUGCUACUCAGUGUUUUUCCUUAAAGCCCCAGGUGCUGGAGUCAAUCUUCAUUGUAAAGAGAGAGGAUAUAUCUAGCCCUCAUGGUUGUCAACAAAAGCUUGAAGAUGUGACCCCCUAACAGGCCCAAAAUGAAAAGAUUAAUAAAAAAAAAAACAGAAAAAAACCCCUCCAAAUGUGCUGGCAAAGCUAAAUCUCAAAUGUUUGCAUGACUGGGUCAAGAUGACAGCAGUGUAGAGAAUUCCUCUUGGUACUUGAUCUGUAUUAGGUACUUAUCUGGGCCCCCAUCCCCACAGCAAAUGAAUGCCAAACAAUAUUUAAUGAUUUUAACCUCACAACACUUGCUGUCUGCUCAAGUUGGGGAAAUGCUAUAGUUCCCAUCACAAGUGGGGAACCAAGACAGAGAAACUGAGUGACUUGCUCACAGUUGCACAGGAAGUUUGUGGCAAAGUGGGGUAUUUGGCUUGUUGAAGCCCAGGGUCACAUCCAAACUGCUGAACAGCCUUCCUGUCUGUGUUUCUCUGCAGUCUGACUUUUUUCAUGCCUCUCAGAAGACACAGGGUUGGAUCCUCAGCUGAUGUGGACUCUGACUGAUAUAGCUGCUUACACCAGCUGUGGAUCUGGCUUGUAAUCUCAGCAUUAAUGGAACCGAUGUAAGGUUAAAUGAAAACAAGGUUGUUGGGUACUUGUCAAGACUUUCCCGACCUUGUUUGUUCUCUUGAGUGAGAAGAACAGCAAUGUGAGAAACACCUAGGUAUUUGAGUUAACUUACUUUUCUUAACUGUCUGCCUGUUUCUAAACAGAAUGCAGGCAAGCCAGUUAGUUCAGAAUAUAAGGAGUGUUCACUGUACACAGAAGAGCUGGGGAGCAAAGGAGCCCUAUCUGAGCUGAAGACAUCAUUAUGAUAUGAUGCCUUGGCUGUGCUGAGACACCUACAUUUGAAGAGACACAAGCAGGUUAAAAAUUAGAUGUUUUUUAUGAGCAGAUGUCUGAGCCCGUGCUAAAUUGCUCAGUUCAUUUUCCCCUCUCUGAACGAAGUAUAGGAUGGUUGGGUUGCAGCAGGAUGCGUGUUGAAAAAUCCUCCAGGAAAUUCUCUUUUAAGCAGAAUUCCUUGAGCUGUGUCUUUUGGUCUUAAUAAUGGUAAAAGCUUUCGCCCAGCACAUGCAGCAGCUGGCUUCAUUCCCCCAGUAAUUCAAAUGACAGGAAAAUGAGGAAGCGGAUAUUUUCUAGGAUCCUGGUCUUUGCCGUAGAGCGAAUUGUCCACCUUCCGCAAAGAUAGUGCAAGGAGCUGAUUGGAUGACACACUGAGGAUUGGCUUUUGCAUGGGUCUGACCCAAGACAAGAGACUUCUUAGCUCAAGUGGAAGUGUUGCUUCUUUGGCUGCUGCCACCUGUCCGUUAUAACCUUGCUGAGUUGAUCCUCCCAUGCCUAUACUUCCUUCGAGCACAGUGGUUUCCUUACUAUGGGAACAAGGCUUUUAACUAGUUCUAGAGAAUGGCCCAGCUGGUGCAAGGUGUGGUUGAUGUUAGUGACAAUUAAGUUACUUUUUGCUGGAUAAAGUCCAGCAUCAUCUCUUUGAAUCUUACCAUUUUCUGUCCUCCUCCGCUUUAUCACCCACUGGAUUUGUAAGAAUUCUUCCAAUAAGUCCCAUGAUACCAUACAAGAAAGAGUGAGGGAGGAAGUAAUAUUUCUACUUCACCUCACUCAUUUUUCAUACUCUUUAGCAGUCCCCUAUGCACAAGUCUAUAGAUGUUGUUCUUAAUUCUUCUGAGUUACCUCUUCAGAACAGUACCACUUUCCUUUCCUACUAAAAAUGGAAUUGCAGGCCAAAAUGACUCUUACUGCCUGUUACAGGGACAUGUUGGAAUUGGCAGACUUGAUCAGGUCAAUGUUAGAUGGAAAAAGGAAGCUGCAAGAAACUGAACAAUUAUUUUCUAACCUCUCUUUGGGGGAAGUUUGCUCAUGUGAUUUAUUUGUAUUAUCAUAGCACUACAACCCCCAUGAUGCUAAGGACUGUACAAACAGAGAAGAAAAAGAUUGUCCUCUUGUGCCUAUCUUAUGCCCUGAAGUAUGGGGGAUAUAGAAUCCUAUCUAAAGUAAUGAGUCUGUACUCUAUAUAAAUGUUUGAUCCUUUAUUUAACCCAAAUAAGCUCUUUGGCCUCAGUGAUACAUUCUGACAGUGGCAGUGUUUUAUGCCCCUGCACAGCAUAUUAUUCCUUUUUAUUGCUUUUAAACAUGCUGCUUUUAAUUUUCACUGAGUGAUGUCUGCUCUUGUGGUCUCUGCUAUAAGUUUGGGUAUGAGUGCUCAUUUUAUGCUCUGUCAACCAUCCAUUCUUUUAUGGAUGGUCUCAUCUCUAAGCAGUCCCAAUCUCUUCUGACAGACUGAUCCAGCCCUCUAAUAAUUUGCUACCUCUCUCUGCUGGAUCUUCAAAAUUUAGUAAUGAGAACUGAACCCAGUCUGCACCAUCUCGUGAUUAUUUUCAGCAUUAUUUUCUGUCCCAUCAGUCAUAGCAGCUACUGCAAUAUAGAGUAGACAUACCCAAGCUAGUGAGUUUAAAAGUUGUUUGCAUACUGAUAGCAGUCCAGCCACAGUAGCACAUAGCUCAGCAUGAAUUAUUUUAGCCUGCACUACAGGUAGAUCAUGUAGUUUACAUAGACAUUUCUGUGAUUGGAGUAGCCAUUGUGGCUAGGAACA